CAAUUACUCUACUAUAAAUAUAAACACAACAUAUUAUCUCAACGUGUUCAUGUCACCAUUGCUCGUCGAAAUUUUGAGAAGAUGGAGCCCGUCGAAUCAGCAGCCAACCUCCGUUCACAAUACCUUGAAGUUCUUCUUAGUCGCGGUUGUCGUCCAAUUCCACUUCUGACACUACCUGCAAAGCCCGUGGAGCAUCCCUUAUUUCAGACAAAUCCUACUGAAUUGGUGGACUUUAAGGCAAUGAGAUCCUACCGGAAACCAAUGAGCCGGUCUACCUCCGAGGAACUGCUAAAUGAAGAAAACUUUUACUUAACCACUGAGGCAAUGAAAUCCUACCGGAAACCAAUGAUGUCUACCUCCGAGGAACUGCUAAAUGAAGAACACUUUUACUUAACCACUGAGGAAUCAGAGCAAGGGCUACUGCCUGUCCUCAUUUUGAGCAUGAAAGAAAGCACACAAUCGAAAAGACCAGCUGUUGUUUUUCUACAUCCUUCAAAUGCAAACAAAGGGAUUAUGCUUCACGUGGAUAUAUUGCAAUUGCCAUUGAUUCUCGUUACCAUGGAGAACGUGCCAAAACCCCCACCGCCUAUCAAGAUGCUCUUGUUUCAUCAUGGAAAAAUGGUGAUACAAUGCCAUUUAUAUAUGACACGGUGUGGGACCUUAUAA